AUGACAAACUUUGAUGAGCUCUUGCAGUUCGUUGGAGACUUUGGAUGGUAUCAACAACGAAUAUCCCUUCUUGGGUGUCUUCCAAUCCUGCUGUUCGCUUUUGUACUCGUUGGUGUUGUUUUCCUGGGAAACACGCCAGAGCACUGGUGUCGGAGCGCGGGCGCUUUGCGCCUGGAGGAACAGUGUGGCUUCUCUGUGGAGGAGCUGCGAGAAAUCAUCAUUCCGCGAACGGGCUCACAUGGCUCUUACAGUAAAUGCCAGAGGUUUGACGUUGACUGGAGCAACAGCACGAUUAAUUGCAGCGAUGCAAACGAAUGGAUUUUGUCCUGCAAUACAACUCAGGUGUCAUCAUGUGAUGAAGGUUGGACGUUUGAUCCUACCCGAACCACUAUUGUGACCGAGUUUUCACUGGUCUGCGAGGAUUCAUGGCUGUCAGAUCUAAACCAGGUGUCUUUGGCUGGAGGGUUUUUCAUCGGGGCACUGGUCACUGGAUAUUUGGCUGACAGGUUUGGGCGAAAACCAUGCUUUGUUGCCUCCAUGCUUGGCCUAGGAAUCUCAGGAGUCUGUGUUGUUUACUCACCUUAUUAUCCCCUGCUCCUCUUCUUCCGAAGUCUACAAGGUUUUUUUGGGAAAGGAGCAUGGACAGCUGCGUAUGUACUCGUUAUUGAAUUCUUUGGAUCAAACAACCGGAAAUUUGUCUCUGUUGUCUCCCGAACGUUUUAUUCCGUGGGUAUGGUCCUCCUGCCAGCCCUAGCCUACUACAUUCACUCCUGGAAGAACCUUCAACUGGCUAUGACACUGCCUACCUUCAUCUUUCUGAUCUACUAUUGGGUUUUACCAGAGUCUCCCCGAUGGCUCCUGUCACAGAGGAAAAUGAAAGAAGCCAUCAGCAUUGCUGAAAAGAUUGCCGAGUGCAACAAGAGGUCUUUUCCUGAAAAUUUCCGAGAGAUGGACUUUUUGGUGGAAAAACAGGAGGAGAUAGUUCGUCCCUCUUUCAAGGAUUUGUUUAGAGCUCCCAAAAUGAGGAAACACACUCUUAUACUGAUAUAUGCCUGGUUCACGAGCACUGUGGUGUUCCAAGGUUUGGUAUUACGUCUUGGGAUUACCGGGGACAAUGUAUUCCUUGAUUUCUUCAUCUCAGCUGUGGUAGAACUUCCUACUGGAUUAAUAUUUUACCUCUUAGUGGAUAGAAUGGGCAGACGCCUUCUGAUGGCAGUAGCAAACUUUAUCGGAGGAGUUGCAUGCCUCUCUGUGCCCUUUGUCUCAUCAAACUCUCUCUGGCUGAAGAAAUCCAUAGCAAUUAUUGGACGGCUUGCUGUUGCCAUCGGAUUUGAGACUGUAAAUUUUGCCAACACAGAACUUUAUCCAACGCCUUUAAGAAAUCUGGGUGUGUCUGUGUGCUCUUCAGCCAGUGACAUUGGAGCAGUGAUUGCACCAUUUCUUCUCUAUAGGUUAGCCAGUAUUUGGCAGGAGCUUCCACUCUUUCUUUAUGGUGUCAUGUCUGUUCUGUACAGUGGAUUAGUUAUGCUUUUGCCAGAAAUGAGAGGUGUUGAUCUUCCAGAGACCAUAGAUGAUGUGGAGAAUAUGGGAGGGAGACAAGACACAGAGAAGAAAACUUGCGAAAGCAUUAUCUGA